GUUUGAAUUCGGUGGUCAAUGAUGAUGAAGCUCCACAGCUGUGCGCCGAACCAGUAGGAGAAGGAAAAUCAGGUGUGAAUUGAGAUCAUUCAUGUCUGUGACAGGUUGGGAACCAGAUCUGGGCUGACGUGACGGAUGUGCUUGUCCUUGGUUGGUUCUCUUAGAUAAGCUCAUUAACAUGAACACUGUCAUGUCGAUAAAGUUAUUCUCUCGUUGGGCAAAGCCAAGCUCCACUCCUAGGAGAUUGCUCUCUCAAAUCCAGAAAACCAACAAGCCUCAAGCCCCAGCUCCGUCUCAAACUUCUGAGACUCCUCAAGAAAUUAUUUACCUCUCAAAGACAAGGAAGAGAAUGUUUGUAUUUGCUGGUCUCUAUAAAAAUUUGAAAGAUGUUCCGGAUUCAGUUUCUGUAUCUACGUUCAGCAAAAACAUGGAUAGAUUCAGAGUUAGGGCUUCCAUUUUAAUAAUGGUCAUCAGUGCAAUUGGAGCUUUCUCAACGACUGUGUUAGCUAAAGGGGUCCUUGCUGAUAUUGAAGAAGAGCGGGAGAGGAGGGAGUAAUGUUACGUGUCACCAAUUACUUUGGGUGUACUAGUAUUUUUUAGCAAUAAAUCUGUCUAAUCAUAUUCUAUACUUGGAUUUUCUUUGUCACUUGCUUAGACUAAAGAAUAAGAAAUGAGAUUUUUGUAUAUUACCAGUACUAAGGAUGCAAUUAUACGGUCUGUCCUGAAAUAAACUUUAUUGAGUAAGAAUA